GUUCCUGUCCCAUUCCUGAGUUUUCUCCCUUUCCGGAAAUGGUUUAUUGCAAUCUACAUUGAAAACAUGCGUUUAGAAAAGUGUUACUUUUGUUCAUCUACAGUAUACCCUGGACAUGGGAUACAGUUUGUUCGUAAUGAUUGUAAGAUUUUCAAAUUUUGUCGUUCAAAAUGCCACAAAGCUUUCAAAAAGAAGCGUAAUCCCAGAAAGUCACGGUGGACAAAAGCUUUCAGAAAAGCUGCAGGGAAAGAUCUGGCAGUGGAUCCAUCAUUUGAGUUCGAAAAGAGAAGAAAUGUACCUGUAAAAUAUAACAGACAACUUUGGACUAACACAGUGAAAGCCAUGCAAAGAAUUACAGAGAUUAAAAGCAGAAGACAGAAUCAAUUCAUACUUAACAGAUUAAAGAAGGGCAAAGAAUUACGUAAGGAAGCAGAUAUGAAAGAGGUUGAGAAAAAUAUCCACCUUAUUAAAUCACCUGCAGCACGGUCGGCGAAGCUGGAGAAGAAACUGGUCCAAGUGAUCGAGGAAGAUGAUGCAGAGAAGAUGGAAGAGCUGUAAUUGUAAAGCAUAUAGAUCAGACUUUGGACACCUGUCUUUUAUAAAUUAACAUGAAAUCAUUUAAUGUAAACUGUUUGACACAUUUAUAGUGUGAAGAUUUGUUACGAUUGUUAUGAAAAGUUCACUACAGAAAAACAGUACGACAGGCAAAAUUAAUAUCAUAAAUUGUCAAAUUUUCAUAUAUAUUUAUCAGUAAGUCUGGUGUUUAGAUCCAAGAAAAUUAGUUAAUUAUAAUGACUUCACGAUAUAAUGAACAGAUGAAGGGGUAAAGCAAGAUUGCAGUUUCAUACCAGCAUUUUGUUAUUGUGUAAAAUGAAAUAGUUAUGUGAAACAAGCAAAAUCAAAGCAGAAUGUGCAAGAGCUGUAUGAAAUAAACAAACCAUUUCAA